AUGAGGCAUCUCUAUCGCGCAUCCACCACCUGCAACUCUAUGGGGACGCUCCCGCCAUGCAGCUCCCCCGGUACCAGCCCCAUUCCAUCCGGUGCUGCCGUCAUGAGCAACCUUACGGAUCGCGCAGAGUCCAGGAUUGGCUUUUCGGGGUUAUGCUCGUUGUCGCUUGCGCCGCUACUGGUGUCCAUUUUGUGCUACGCCUUGGCGCCAUCUGGUUUGCCUUGGCCCCGGCGGCGUCAGCGCAGGAUAAACGCCAGUGCGCAUAUCGCCAGUAGGACGCCGCCGCCGGCUACUCCGUCGGCUAUGGCGGCCACGGGGAUUUUUACUUUCUCGCGGCAGCACAUAGACAUCGGCGUCGCUCAUCUCCCCACCGGCGCCUUCUCCGCCCCCCCCAACACAAAUACCUCAUACGACGACGACGACCCCGACCCUCUGGUGGCAACUGCACAAAACGGCGACCUUGGCAGCGGAACGUCCGCCGCGCCCGACGCCAGCUGCGAGUAG